GGCGGUGACGCCUGUCGACUCCUGCACAUGGAGAUGGGGAUGAUCACAGCCUCGCUGCACAGAGCAGGAUUUGCAACGGGAGAGUCAGGAGCAGCAGUGUGACAGGUCACCGGGCUGCACAACUAUCUGUAUUAUCCAGUGCACAGUUCAGCCUGCUUUUUCCUGACUUCACCACCGUGAAAUCCCUGCAACAAGAUCAGAGAUGGAGAAGAUGUCGAGGAUGUUACCGCUCAACCCAACUUUUAUACCUCCAACGUACGGGGUGCUGAAAUCUCUGCUGGAGAACCCGCUGAAACUACCGCUACAUCACGACGAUGCCUUUUGUAAAGAAAAAGACAAAGAAAAGAAACUUGAAGAUGACACCACAGGUUCAACCAUCCCACAGUCGGCUUUCUUGGGGCCAACGCUCUGGGACAAGACCUUGCCGUAUGAUGGAGAUACCUUCCAGCUGGAAUACAUGGACCUGGAAGAGUUUCUCUCAGAAAACGGUAUUCCACCAAGUCAGUCCCCUCACGACCUGAGCUCUCAUCAGCCUAGUCUCCAACCAUCUCCGGUGACAUCACCUUCCGUCAUCAAUCUGAGCAGUCGGGCGUCCACAUCUGUCUUACCUGGCUUGGUGCCCCAAAACUGUAUGCACAGUCCAGUGAGACCUGGUCAGAUUUUGCCUGCAAACCGCAACACCCCAAGCCCAAUAGAUCCAGAGACCAUCCAAGUGGCCGUAGGAUAUGAGCCAGACCCAGCAGAUCUUGCCUUGUCCAGCAUCCCAGGUCAGGAAAUGUUUGACCCUAGGAAACGCAAGUUUUCAGACGAAGAGCUAAAGCCUCAGCCAAUGAUUAAGAAGGCGCGUAAGGUCUUCAUACCAGAUGAUCUGAAGCAGGAUGAAAAAUACUGGGCAAGGCGUAAAAAGAACAAUAUGGCUGCCAAGAGAUCAAGAGACGCGCGCAGGCUAAAGGAGAACCAGAUUGCCAUCCGAGCUUCAUUCCUGGAGAAGGAGAAUUCUGCCUUACGGCUGGAGGUUGCUGACCUGCGGAAAGAGCUGGGCAAAUGUAAAAACAUUUUGGCAAAAUAUGAAGCCCGUCAUGGGCCCAUGUAAGGGCCUGACCGGGUGUGGAGAAGCACGGACACCUUCAUUCCUGCUGAGUAGCAUAAACACGUACCAACCUACUUCUGUCAUCAGCACUUUACUGGAAGAAGAAACAGACUUGCAAUGUCUUUUUUUACCAUUAUUAUUAAUUUCAUUAUUUUUUUCAUUUCUUUUUGUUUGGUCUUAGCACUUUCCAUACUACAAAGCGCUUUAUAAAAGGGUACGGCUCACCUUGACUGUGUCAGGUGUUUUUCUAGUACCCUCAUCAUCUGCUCUGGAGUCAAACUGUGGUGAUACCCAAAAAAAACCUUGGAGCCAGAAAAAUGAGUUCUUAACCUUGAAUCACAUGAACUUCUUCUCAAGACAUUCCCCAUCUUAAUUUUUUUCCCAGAGAACUCGAUUUCCUUGCCAUUAUUCCCAGUUGUCCUUCAGUCGACAACAAAACCCUUAUUCAUGUGGGAUUUUACUGAAAAGUAUUGUCAGAAAACUAUUUUUUUCCUUUCCUUUGUGUAUUAAAACUGUUAAAUAAUAGUAUUCACCAUAACAUUUAUUUCCGUUAUUUCAUUCUUACAUUCUAUGUGCCCUUUUGGUCAAAAUAAGAGAAAUCCUUAAAGGGGUACUCUGCUGCUCAGCGUUUGGAACAAACUGCUCCGAACGCUGGUGCCGGCGCUGGGAGCUCAUGACGUCCCGCCCCGCCCCUCGAUGCAAGUCUAUGGGAGGGGCUGUGAUAGCUGUCACACCCCCUCCCAUGGACUUGCAUUGAGGGGGUGGGUAGGAAAAAAAUGUUUUUUAAUGAACAGAAAGUUAUACAGCUCAGUAAAUUACUUAUUUUUAAUAAUCUUAAUCCUUUCAGUACGUACGGAUCAGCUGCUGUAUACUACAGAGUUCAUGUCAGGAACUGUCUGAAGCAGUAGAGAUUUGCUAAGCAGAGUGAGCUGUAGUCAGACCGGAAAGAACUACACAACUUCCUCUAGAGCAGCUGAUAAGUACUAGAAGGCAUAGACGUAAUUUACUGCUUUGUUGAUUUAUGUGCAUUUUUCCCCCCGUACCCCUUUAAAGGGGUACUCUGCUGAUCAUCAUUUGGAACAAACUGUUCCGAAGGCUGGAGCAGGCGUCAGGAGCUUGUGAAGUCAUAGCCCCGCCC